AUGAAGAUUUCACUCAAGCUUGAUGAAAACCACCACGACCGCCACCACCAGUCGCCGCCGCCGCCGCCGUCGCUCCUCCUCCGUGCCAAAAUUCCCUUAACAAUCUUCAACCUCCCAUUCCUUUCCCACUUCUCCACCUCCACCACCCACCCCUCCGACCUCUCCCUCUCUCUCUCCACCAAUUUCCCCUCUUUCCCCUCUCUCAAACUCUCCCACGCCAGCGCCACCGCCGCCGCCCCACCCCUCACUCUCACCCUCAAAUCCGGCACGGGUCUCUUCGGCUCCCCCAAAAACUCUCCUUUCCUCGGAUCUUUCUCUCUCCGGAAAUCCACCGCCUCCCACCCUCCACCCGCCAUCGCCGCCGAAUCGAUCAAUCCGGACGCCGUGUGCGACUCCAGCUCCUUCGCGUUCGUGCCGCUGGAGACGCCCGCGGCAGUGAAGGAGCUCCCGCCGCAGAAAAUUUCUAGGGCUUCGAUUCUGAAGGGGACGCAGCUGGCGGCGACGACGCAGAUGCCGCUGGCGAAGAGGCUGGCUCUGAGCUUCAGAUGGCGGGUGAAUUUGGCGGAGGAUCAAUUGCCGAUUUUGAGAAUCAACAAGAUCGGAAUUCAGAGAAUUGACGAUGCGGUUAGGGCUGAUGAAAAGAGUGAGAAGAAAUGUGCUUUUGUUUCUCAUUUGCAUUGUUUUGGAUUGUAUAAGACGAUCGAGCUUUAUGAGCAACUUUACAAAUGA